AUGGAAGCACUUUUUCACAACACACGUGUGUACUAUGUUGUAAAUAAAUUGUAAUAAUAAACUAUAAAGAAGUGUAAGCUAAUAAUUUUUAAACGAAAACUAAACCAAUUAAACGGUAAAAGGAUGGGUGGCAAUAAAUUUGAUAGUCAAAACGGUAAAGGGGUUAAAAGAAAACGGAAAUUUCAAGGUCCAGCUUUGGAGGAUGAUCCUGAAUUUGAUUUGAAGAAAAAGCAUUUGGAGACAACACACAUACGAGCAUUGGAAAAACGUUUGAUAAUUAUAUUAGAAGGUGCACAAUUGGAGACAGUAAAGGUCGGCAGGGUGUUCGAGCUACUUAAUUGUGAUGAUCAUCAGAAUAUUUUACGCAAAAACAACCGUGAUCCCGGUAAAUGUCGACCCGACAUAACACAUCAAUGCUUGUUAAUGCUUUUCGAUUCGCCCUUAAAUCGCGCUGGUUUAUUGCAAGUAUAUGUACGCACUGAGAAAAAUGUGCUAAUAGAAAUUAAUCCUCAAACACGUAUACCACGUACUUUUAAACGUUUUGCGGGCUUGAUGGUACAACUGUUGCAUAAGUUUUCAGUUCGCGCUAGUGACACCUCCGCAAUGUUGAUGAAGGUUAUAAAGAAUCCCAUAACGGACCAUUUGCCUGUAGGUUGCAAAAAGUACGCAAUGUCUUUCUCGGGGAAACUGGUGGCCAAUUGCAGAGAUUUGGUGCCUAGAGUUCAAGAGAAUGGCGAAAACACAGAAGAACUUGCUGAAGAACCUAUCGCAUUGAUUGUGGGUGCAUUCGCACACGGGGUGCUCAAUCCCGACUACUCGGAGGGCUUAUUUUCGAUUAGUAAUUAUCCAUUAUCAGCAGCAAUUGCUUGUAGCAAGUUGUGCAGUGCCUUUGAAGAAGUUUGGGGUGUUGUUUAAUAACUUUGUAUAUUUAUAAGUAACUUUACUUAGUAAUUAAGUAAAACAAAAAAUUUAUAAAACAGCA